GCUCGCAAGCGCAAACAAUAUUGUAGAAUAGAUUAUAAUCUUAAUAGGAGGAGACUUCAAAAUUAGUUUUACAUUCUUGGUCCGUGAGUUCUUGAUAACCUGCGCUUACUUUCGUUUUGCUAACCCACCCCUCACUCACUGAAGCUUUUUAACAAGGAUUGGCGGGCGAGUUAGUAGGCUAAUUUCCCCCGCCUCCUUCUGACGACGCACAACAACAAAGCGGCUAUCUGGCGAAAAACUAAGGACCUUUCCUCAAAGAAGAAAUCACACCACAGCGAAAGCUGACAAUGGAAACUAUGGAAAUGAAUGGAGGAGCGGACCAUGACAGUGGAGGAGAGCCUCCUCGUCCAGGGCGCUGGCCACGCUCUGCUGCUCCUCUGAACAUGAACCACUACGCAAAUAAGAAGAGUGCGGCGGAGAGCAUGCUGGACGUGGCGCUGCUGAUGGCCAACGCGUCCCAGCUCAAGGCCGUACUGGAGCAGGGGCCCGACUUCACCUUCUACGUCCCCCUCAUCACCCUCAUCAGCAUCUCUCUCAUCCUACAGGUCUUCGUGGGCGUGCUACUCAUCUUCAUUGUGAAGUGGAAUCUUAACGAUGAGAGCAAGCACUAUAAGCUCAACAUACUGGAGAACAUCACCACAGCAAUGGUCUUCAUCAUAGUGGUAGUCAACGUCUUCAUAACGGCAUUUGGUGUCCAGCGCCCUAACGUCAGUGCAUGAAGCAUAUCCCUAGG